AAAUGUCACCUAAAAUAUGUCUCAUAUGUAAUAAAUCAGCUGAUAGCAACAAUUUUGGUGUCAUAUCGUGUCGAUCGUGUAAAGCAUUUUUCAGAAGAAAUGCUUAUAAAAUUGAUAGAUAUGUCUGCAAAAAAGCAAAUAAUUGUGAUAUCACUAAAAAUGCAAACAUUUUUUGCAAGAGAUGCAGACUUCAAAAAUGUUUUAACGUUGGGAUGAAUACAGAUCUGUUUCUGAAUGAACAACAAUUAAGAUGCAGAAGAAUUAUGAAUGAAAAUAAAUUAAUUUUCAAACAAAUGAGUAAACACACAAACAAAUUGCAAAUCAAUGAUUUAAACACUAAAAACAAUGACAAUCGUGUAAAUGAAUUACAAACAGUGUAUCAAAUCAACUCAUGUAUAUCGCAACCAAUCAAUCACUACAAAUACCUGAGCGAAAUAGAGUGUCUUUAUAUUAAAGAGUUAUGUUAUGCAAUGCUAUCCAUCCAUAAGUCAGUGCCGGACAACAUAAAAGUGAUUUACUGUUCACCAGAAGAGUUGACCAAAUUAUCACUUCAGAAGUUUGAUAAUUAUGUCAAUCGUAUAAUAAGAUUUGCAAAAUCGUUGAAACUAUUUUCUGAUUUGUGUGUUAAUGAUGAGAUAGCUCUCGUCAAAUAUGGAGCCAUUGAAUUCAAAUUUGCUACAAUCACUAGAUAUUAUAAUACUAGCAAAAGUUGUCUCAUAUCAUCAGACAUGGAUUCAAAUUCAGUGAUCGCUUCUCAGGGUUCGUGUAAAUUGCUUCGGUAUGAAGUGGACACCAUAUUGAAAAGUGCACUACAAAUAGCUAAUAAUAUUUUAGAAUCAGAUGUUUGUGUAAUGAACAUGAUCUUAGCACUUAUUUUCUUUAACCCAAACCGACCUAAUUUGAUGCACAACCAUAUGGUUAAAUAUAUACAUGAAUUUUAUAUGUAUUUACUUCAACGUUAUCUUCAAGUAAAAUAUGGAAACGAGUCUAUAGUAAAAAGUAAAAUAAUAAAAACUCAAAGUGUUGUCCAUCUUAUUCAAUAUAUGAGUGAAAUACACAAACAACACAUCAAAGUUUUAAAUGCAAACUAUUGCGGACCAGUUAUUAAAGAGAUAUUAGACAUACCUAAUCAAUGUCCUUAUGAUGCUUCACAUGAUAUGUAA